AUGGCGAUGCCGUACGCCUCUCUUUCCCCGGCAGGCGCCGACCACCGCUCCUCCACGCCCACGGCGUCCCUCCUCCCCUUCUGCCGCUCCACCCCGCUCUCCGCGGGCGGCGGCGGCGGCGGCGGGCUGGGGGAGGACGCCCAGGUGAGCGCGAGGUGGCCGGCCGCGAGGCCGGUGAUGCCGUUCACGCCGGCGCAGUACGAGGAGCUGGAGCAGCAGGCGCUCAUAUACAAGUACCUGGUGGCCGGCGUGCCCGUCCCGCCGGAUCUCGUGGUUCCUAUGCGCCGCGGCCUCGACUCCCUCGUUACCCGCUUCUACGGCCACCCCACACUUGGGUACGCAACGUACUUCGGCAAGAAACUGGAUCCUGAGCCGGGCCGGUGCCGGCGUACGGACGGCAAGAAGUGGCGGUGCUCCAAGGAGGCGGCCCCGGACUCCAAGUACUGCGAGCGCCACAUGCACCGCGGCCGCAACCGUUCAAGAAAGCCUGUGGAAACGCAGCUCGUGCACCAGUCCCAACCGCCCGCCGCGACCGCGGCCGUCUCCGCCGCUCUGCCCUUGGCCGCCGCCGCCACCACCACCAACGGCGGCAGCUUCCAGAACCACUCCCUUUACCCGGCCAUUGCCGGCAGCACUGGUGGAGGUGGCGGGGCCAGCAAUAUAUCUACCCCGUUCUCCUCGUCGAUGGGGUCGUCUCAGCUGCACAUGGACAAUGCUGCCAGCUACGCAGCUCUUGGUGGUGGAACUGCAAAGGAUCUCAGGUAUAACGCUUACGGAAUAAGAUCUUUGGCGGACGAGCACAGCCAGCUGAUUUCAGAAGCUAUUGACUCAUCAAUGGAGAACCAGUGGCGCCUUCCGCCGUCUCAAACCUCUUCGUUUCCGCUCUCGAGCUACCCCCAGUUUGGGGCGCUGAGCGACCUGGGUCAAAGCACGGUCAGCUCGCUGUCGAAGAUGGAGCGGCAGCAGCGACUCUCCUUCCUAGGGAACUCCGACUUUGGCGGGGCCAUGGACUCCGCUGCGAAGCAGCAGGAGAACCAGACGCUGCGGCCCUUCUUCGACGAGUGGCCCAAGGCGAGGGACUCCUGGCCGGGCCUCUCCGACGAGAACGCUAGCCUCGCCUGCUCGUUCCCGGCGACCCAGCUGUCGAUGUCCAUACCCAUGGCGUCCUCGGACUUCUCCGUGGCCAGCUCCCAGUCUCCCAACGCACUUGUUUCAAGACAAUUUGUUGAUAUGUCUCGAAGCAGAAUUGAGGGACUACUUGCAGCAUUUCCGAAGUUGGUGGGAACUGGAAAGCAGCACACUUAUGUUGAGACUGAAAAUGUCCGUUAUGUUUAUCAGCCUAUUGAAGCCUUAUAUCUGCUAGUCAUCACAAAUAAGCAGAGUAACAUUCUUGAAGACCUGGAGACACUGAGGCUGCUUUCUAAACUUGUACCUGAAUACUCCCCCUCUUUGGAUGAGGAAGGUGUUUGUCGGGCGGCAUUUGACCUCACUUCUGCUUUUGAUGAAGCCAUUUCCCUUGGAAACAAAGAAAAUGUUACUGUUGCUCAAGUUAAACAGUAUUGUGAGAUGGAGAGCCAUGAAGAGAAGCUGUACAAACUCGUCAUGCAAAGCAAAAUAAAUGAAACUAGGGAUCGCAUGAGGCAACGAGUUACUGAGAUUGAGAAAAGCAAGAUUGGUAGAGGCAAGACUGAAAAUGCAUUUGGCCCCCAGAGGACUACAAACGUUGUUAAUGACAUGAACACCAGAGGGAGUGGUCUAGGGGGUGAUCCUAUAUUUGGGGAGUUGUUUGCUCAAAAGGCCAAAGCUCAUUCUUCUGCUCCUACUGCUACUAGUAAAGUGGCUGGUGGUAUGAAAUUGGGCAAUGCACAGAAGACAAAUCAGUUCCUUGAAUCUUUGAAAGCUGAAGGAGAACUCAUUUCUAAGGACACUCAACAAAGUGGAAUUCAGUCAAGGCUGCCAUCUGCCCCACCAACUGAUCCUAUCACAGUGGCAAUUGAAGAAAAGAUCAAUGCCACUGUUAAAAGGGAUGGUGGAAUUCAUAAUUUUGAUAUUCAAGGAACCCUUGCUCUCCAAGUUCUGAAUGACACCAACGGUUUUAUCCAGUUGCAGAUCGAGAACCAAGAUCUACCUGGACUUAGCUUCAAGACACACCCUUAUAUUAACAAAGAGUUGUUCAAUAGUCAGCAAAUUGUUGCUGCAAAAGAUCCAAACAGGCCUUUCCCCAGUGGUCAAAAUGAAACCCCUCUUGUGAAAUGGAGAAUCCAGGAGUUGGAUGAGCCAUCUCUGCCAUUGUCAGUUAAUUGCUGGCCUUCAGUCUCUGGAAGUGAAACACACGUGAACAUUGAGUACGAAGCUUCUGAGAUGUUUGAUUUGCACAACAUUGCCAUUUCUAUACCUUUGCCUGCACUCAGGGAGGCUCCAAGUGUUAGACAGAUAGAUGGAGAAUGGAAGUAUGACUCAAGAAACUCAGUGUUGGAAUGGUCAAUUAUUCUUAUUGAUCAGUCCAACCGCAGUGGUUCUAUGGAAUUUGCUGUUCCUGCAGCUGAUCCAUCAACAUUUUUUCCCAUCUCCGUUGGAUUUUCUGCGUCAAGUACCUUCAGUGAUUUGAAGGUUACCACCAUUCAUCCAUUAAGGGAAGGCAGCCCUCCCAAAUUUUCUCAGAGGAUUCGAAUGGUUACUCAUAAUUACCAAGUGGUUUGA